AUGACUUGGGAUGCUGUGUUGGACCUGCUCUCAGUUGGGGAGGCCAAUGUUCCUAACUACAGCUGUGGCAGGCAGAAGGACCUUUUCCUUGUUCUUGAAGGGGCAGAGACUGACACCUCCUCUGAAAUUUCCAACGUGUUGGCCACCUACAAAAUCCCACAGGUUAGCUACGCUUUUGCUCCACCACCUCAGAGUGAUAAAACUCCCUUCCCCUUUUUCUACCGAAUGUUCUCCAGAGAAGGAGCCCAGUAUCUGGGGAUUGUCAGACUUCUCCAGCAUUUCCGAUGGACCAUGACUGGCCUUGUUGCUAGAGACAAUGAAAAUGGAGAGCAGUUUGUGAGGACCUUCACCCCCGCGCUCCUCCAAAAUGAUGUUUGUGUUGUUUUCUCAUACACUAUCUCAAUGAAUAUUACAGAUUUCCUCCAUGUUUCUAGCCUUUUCCGCAAAUGGAGUCAAGUUAGUGUCAUUAUUUAUUAUGCAGAGGCAAUUAUUGACCUCAAGUUCAUGGUUUUAACACACUUCUUUCUUGAUAUACUGAUAAAACCCACUGUAGGGAAAGUGUUGAUCACAACAGCUGUAUGGGACUUCACUUUUCAGUUGUUACGAAGGCCUCUCCCUUUUAAUAACGCCCAGUGCAUUUUUUCUUUCCUCAUCCAGAGAAAUAAAAGUACAAAAUCAAUCAACAUUCAGACCCUUUAUGCUUCUAUUGUACAGUUCGUACGUAAAGCAUUUCAUUGUUCCUAUUCCAAACUUGGUUUGUCAGUGAAAGGCUGGACAAGAUGUCCAGAGAAAGAGGACCUGGAGACUCUCCCCCAGGAGGAGAUUGAAAAGAUCCUGUCUAUAGACAACUACAUCAUUUAUCACACGGUCUGGACUGUGGCACGGGCCUUAAACACUGCUUAUUCAUCCAGGUCCAAGAAGAUGUUGAAGAAGGGUGAGAAGAGCUUGGAUAUUUGGAAAAUACAGCCAUGGCAGCCCCUGCCCAAGUCCAAGUGUGUGGAGAGUUGCCCACCAGGAUUCUUCAAGAUAUCUCGGGAAGGAGACCUGAUUUGCUGCUACGACUGUGCUUCUUGUGCAGAAGCCACCAUCUCCACUCGGGAAGAUGCAGAGUUCUGCACCAGAUGUCCAGAAGAUCAGCACUCCAACAAGGAAAGAGUUCAAUGUAUCCCCAAAAUUACAACCUUUCUGUCCUAUGAAGAACGUCUGGGGAUCAUCCUGGCUUCCUUGGCCCUCUUCUUCUCUUUAGCCACACUCUUGGUCUUAGGAAUCUUCAGUAAACACCAAGAAACUCCUAUAGUCAAAGCCAACAACAGGGAUCUUUCUUACAUCCUCCUCAUCUCCCUGUUGUCCUCCUUCCAGACCUCCUCCCUCUACAUGGGCCAGCCAAGGAAAGCCGCCUGCCUUCUCCGGCAAACCGUUUUCAGCAUCGUCUUCUCAACUGCUGUGUCCUCGGGCUUAGCAAAGACAAUCACAGUGGUGUUGGCCUUCCUGGCCACAAAGCCAGGCAACACCAUGAGGAGAUGGCUGGGGAAGACUCUAGCCAACUGCCUUGUUCUUUCUUGUUCUGGGAUUCAAACUCUCAUUUGCUCCAUCUGGUUAGGAGUCUCUCCCCCCUACCCUGACUCUGACCUGCAUUCCCAGCCUGGAGAGAUCGUCCUGCAAUGCAAUGAAGGGUCUGUUGCCAUGUUUUAUGGAGCCCUGGGCUACAUGGGCUUCCUGGCUGGCAUCUGCUUCACGGUGGCUUUCCUGGCCAGGAACCUCCCUGGUGCCUUCAAUGAAGCCAAGCCGAUCACCUUCAGCAUGCUGGUCUUCUGCAGUGUCUGGGUCUCCUUUGUGCCCACCUACCUGAGCACCAAGGGCAAGUACAUGGAGGCCGUGAAGGUCUUUUCCAUCUUGGCCUCCAGUGCUGGGCUGCUGGGCUGCAUCUUCAUCCCCAAGUGCUACAUUAUUAUUGUAAGGCCAGAUCUGAACACAAAGGAGCAGCUUACAGCCAGAACAAAUGCAAAAACUUGA